AUAAAUGUCGAUGAGUCGUCAGCUAUAAAGGACGUCACGAAGCAUAAUACUGUUUUUUGCUAUACAUACUAAAAAAUCAUUUACACCACAAGAUAUUAUUCCUAUAUUAUAAUUGGAGAUCUUACCUACCAUUAUUUUGUGUAUGAUAUGAGCAUACCAAAUAUAGAUAUUAUAAGUUAUGUAGCAUAAUAUUACAACUGUGUUAAACAUAACCUGAUAUGGUUCAAUUUAUGUAAACAUAACCUCUUCAUUAUAUCAAUUAUAUAUUCGAUAUAAAAACGUACGUGCAUAUAUGAAUAUGUCCAUUCGACAGCCUUUAUCACGUUAUUAUUAAGUUAAUUAUAAAUAAUUAAGUAAUACGAAGUAUGGGACGUAGCCGUACACCUUCACCAGGAAGAAGAAGAGAUCGGUCUCGAGAUCGUGAUCGAGAACGCGAACGAGAUAGAGAUCGAAGAAGAAGACGUUCUCGUGAAAGAAGAAGAAGAUCCGUUGAACGAGAUCGAGUAAAGUCGAGGGAUAGAGAAAGAGAUCGUGAUCGUGAACGGGACAGGCAUAGACGUUCAUAUAGCAGAUCUAGAUCAAGAGAAAGGGACAGACCUAAACCCAAAUUAAAACCCACAACAGAACGUCCUGUGAUUACAGAAGCCGAUCUUCAAGGAAAAACACCAGAGGAACAAGAAAUGAUGAGAAUAAUGGGCUUUUGUGGUUUUGACACUACUAAAGGCAAAAAAGUUGAAGGGAAUGAUGUAGGAGCCGUACAUGUUAUUCUUAAACGAAAGUAUAGACAAUACAUGAACAGAAAAGGAGGAUUCAAUAGACCAUUGGAUUUUGUAGCAUAAAAAUUAUAAAUGUGAUGAUUCCAUAAAAUUCUUUACUAUUGAUAGAGAUUCCUUAA